UUAAUGUUCUGGUCAUUAUAUACUGCAUAAUUGGAUAUCAACGUUACUUUACAGUAACAUCAGAAUAAAUAGUAAUCGCCAGCCAAAAUGCAUACUUGUUGUAAAAAUGCAAGUUUUAAUAAGUGAUCAUGAGCCUUCAGGACUUGGCGUAAAAGAAUUCAAUCAGAUUAAAAACUAGUGUUAUGACAUGUUAAAAUGACAAUGAGCGAGUCAAGCAUCUUAGACGAGAACAAGAACAAGGGGGAAAGUCGACUCGCUAUCAAUCCUUGUAUCGAUGAUGUUGAAGAUAAUCACUCUAAUACUGGAAUAGAGGAAAAUGAAAUUAUAACAUUGAACAUCGGAGGAAUACGAUUUCAGACUUUUGCCAAAACAUUACAACGUUACCCUAGUACAAAACUUGCACAACUAAACCAACUGGAUGCCAGUUACCGCCACAAACAGAACGAAUACUUUUUUGAUAGAAACCCAAAUCCAUUUUGCAGCGUUCUUGAUUACUAUCGUACUGGGGAGUUGCACUGCCCAGGGGAUGGUAUAUGUGGUUCCGCCUUCAAACUAGAAUUAGACUUCUGGGGAUUGAUUGAUAACAACAUUGAGAAAUGCUGCUGGAUGGACUAUUCCGACAAUGCCGAUAUGAAAGAUGUACUGAACGUUCUAGACAAGCGGUUAAAGGAAGACAUAGCUGUGCCAAUUGUUGCUAAUAAUGCAGGAACAUGGUCUAAAUUUUGUCAUAAAGUAUGGCUGGUUAUGGAAUAUCCAGAAACAUCAGUUCCAGCAAAGAUCUACACCGUAUUGACUGUUACUUUGCUCCUGGCAUCAUUAAUGGUGCUAGCACUUGGCACAUGCAAAGCCUUUUCAAGUCCGCUUACUGCAAGAGACGUUGCAGAAUUGUACAAACUACCAGUUGACCAAGUCAAUGUAUCCGAAGAUGGGUCAUUCAGUAUUUACUUCGAUGAUGAUUACAAUUAUAAUGACGACUAUUAUUACCAGUAUUACUAUUACGACGACGAUGCCAAUGGUACUUUUCCUGAUAGACAAGGUAACCCACAACCAACCAAUUCAACGAUUAAACCUGAAACCAACUUAACUCUGAUUUUGAAUGCGUCCAAUUCAACUAACUCAACUAAAGAUGAUGAUUACCAGUACUAUUAUUAUGAUGAUGCCAAUGAUACGGUGUCUGUUAACGAAUCCAAUUCGACAACUCCAGCCAAUAAACCAGAUCUUGCUGGUAAAGGUGGCGCGAGAAGAAAAAGAGGAGCAAGUUCAAUUGCCAAAAACCCUAAAUUAACCAACAAUAGUGUAUCUUCUGAUCAGAAUUUAAAUAUUCAACUUAACCAACUGAACAAAACCCGACGAAAAUUUAAACCCACCAAAUCUCCACCAAACAAAUUUGACGCAGGAGGACUCCGAAAACCAUUAAAAGAAUUGUGGUUAAUAGAGGCUGCAGUCUACGCAUUUUUUACCGUAGAACUUAUCGUGCGACUGAUUGUUUGUCCAUCCAAAAUAAUAUUUCUGAAAAAUCCAUUCACAAUUUGUGACUUUCUCAGUUUAGUUCCAUUUUACAUACAAGUCAUACUCCAGAAUAUUGAAAAGGAGGAACAGUAUAAGAUUAGUCCCAUCGACAUAAUGGUUGUUCUACGUGUUUUAAGACUGGGGCGAUUAAUCUCUUUAAUGCGGAACAUUAUGGGAUUUCGUGUUAUGAUCUACACACUCAAAUCAAGUUGCCGAGAAAUGUUUCUUUUGCUUGUUGUUCUCUUUUUUGCUGUCUUCAGUUUCGCAACCAUGGAGUACUAUACCGAGCAGUUAACCAAAGGAGAUAUCGAAGUUCAAAUCGAUAGCAUACCGAUAGGUAUAUGGUGGGCAUUGGUUACUAUGACAACUGUUGGGUAUGGUGACUAUUCUCCCAAAACUGGAUUUGGACUGUUCAUAGGAUCAUUAUGCGCACUCAGUGGAAUUUUGGUCAUUGCAUUUACGGUUCCAAUUGUUGUAAAUAAUUUCAUGAUGUUCUACAAGCAUGCAAGUUCCUUACGACCAAAACAGCCGGGAGAAGAAUACGUAAUCUCAGCUAAAAAGACAAAUGGUUUAAGUGAGACGGAUAUCGUUAUGUCCAAAAAUGAAUCCCCAAAGCAUACACAGACUCCGACUAGGACGUUCGGUUCUAUUCGAACGGUACGUAAGAUAUCAGUGGAAGAGUAUACUGAAACGUAGCUUAUACGGACAUUAUACUUGACGAUUUGAUUCGCAUCCACAUGAAUAUAAAAUUGUUUAGAAACAUGUUUCCAUAAGAACAGAAUGGCAAAAUACUAGUAAACGAUCUUUAUUGAAGAUAUUUGUUUACAGAUGAUCUGUGAUUGUUCAAUGAUUCAUCAACCUUUUAUUACAAAUGAAAUAAUAUUUAUUUGAGAAAGGUUUAACGUUCGGCCUGUAAUGAAUGAGGCUAGUUAAGUCAAUAGUUCACAACCAUGAACUUCAUCAGUGGAGAUUUAACUGCAUGUUUUCUGGAUCUCUUGUUAGUUUGAGACAAGUAAUUAAAAUAGUGAAACCAUCAAUAUGGUGGGUACAGGCUAGAGCUUACCCAAAAUGUAUUAAACCCUGUACUUUUAUGAUAAGAAUUAUGACUGGGACAUGUCCCCUAAAUGCGUAUGACCAUGUUGCUAAAUCUAGAUUAUGUUCUUCAUAUGUAAUGAUGCAGAUGAAAAUGUAGUUCACUUUCUUUUCUCUUGUGAAAGCCUAGCACAAGAAAUGGUCCCUUUUUAGAGUAUAUUAGAGUUAUGAAUUACCGUGGUCAAGGUUUUAAUGCAAUCAUUGUAAAUAUCCUGAAACAAGGAGAUAUUACUGCUGCUCUGUAUAUAUACAACCUGUAUAAUAAAAGAUGUAGCUUGCUGUAGAUAGUGGUACUUCAACUUUAUA